UUCCGUGAAUUACCAGCGCCGCCCGAACCACGACGAGGUCCGGCGUCGAUUGCGACGCGCCAAACUGGCGCCCUUUCGAGACAGCCACCGCCCUCCCUGAUUCCGCGAACUGACCGCUAUGGAGAGGCGAAUCUUGAAAGGGGCCAGUGUCUGGCAAUCCCGGGGGAACGACAUCAACGUUCGGUUCCCAAGGUGUCAACCGCUGCCUGUGUUCGGGGGCGACCUAGCAAGAUUGGAGGCGGAGCCCGGCGGGAAACAACGACACAUCACGUGCGGGAUAUGGCCACCUGAUCCAAGAUGCUGAUUGGCUAAAAGAACUACAGUGUAUUCCCUCGUCGAGUGAAAGAGGGAAACGAGAAAGGGAUAAAACAGGGGACUUGAGUGUUGUGAGAGACGCUUGAGGCUUGAUCAUGUAGAGCACGCUUGACGAUGUAGAGCACGCUCGACCAUGUUGAACGCUCGGAGAUGUAAACGCUACUACAUGCAAAGAUGUUAGCACGUAGACGGCUCCAAUAUUCUGGAGCCCUUCUUGUAAAAUACCAUGUACAGUGUAUAUAAAACAGUUUUCUAAUCUCCCUGGAUAUCUCCUCCUCUUGGCACCUGGCACGGCAUCAUACAUGGAACCUUCGUGGACACCACGGACAAUCGACCAUUCGCAACAGUGGCUGGCAGCUUAUGGGAUCGGCCGGCGUUGGCUACAUCGGUGUGCCCAGUCAGAGCCCACCUAUGAAGAGGCCUUUGGCGGGAAGAUCAUCAUUCCUGGAAGCAGCGGCCCCAUGGCUUUGAGCGAAGCAGGCAUCAAACCGGCCGAGCUGCAUGGAACAACUCGACCUCCCGAUGCAUCAUCUGGCGGCGGGGGUGCUGUUGUGUCUGGCGGUCCCUCGGGAAAAAGGAGGCCUGCGCCGACUCAGACGCGCCAACCUGGCGCCCUUUCUCGCGGCCGAGAAUUGUCACCUGGGACUGAGGGAUUAGCAGUUGGUCUCCAGGCUACCUCAUGCGUCGCUAAACGGCAGCGUCGCCCUUUGGUGCGGUUCCCGCCGCCCGAACCACGACGAGGUCCGGCGUCGAUUGCGACGCGCCAAACUGGCGCCCUUUCGAGACAGCCACCGCCCUCCCUGAUUCCGCGAACUGACCGCUAUGGAGAGGCGAAUCUUGAAAGGGGCCAGUGUCUGGCAAUCCCGGGGGAACGACAUCAACGUUCGGUUCCCAAGGUGUCAACCGCUGCCUGUGUUCGGGGGCGACCUAGCAAGAUUGGAGGCGGAGCCCGGCGGGAAACAACGACACAUCACGUGCGGGAUAUGGCCACCUGAUCCAAGAUGCUGAUUGGCUAAAAGAACUACAGUGUAUUCCCUCGUCGAGUGAAAGAGGGAAACGAGAAAGGGAUAAAACAGGGGACUUGAGUGUUGUGAGAGACGCUUGAGGCUUGAUCAUGUAGAGCACGCUUGACGAUGUAGAGCACGCUC